UUGUAGCGGCUGCUUUUAAUGUUCAGCUAUCGAAAUGACAUCAUGCAGUGGGCGUGCUGUUUGUAUUUUGUCUCUGUUAGCCCAGGCUACACGGGAAUUUAAUCGUCUCUGCUAGAAUGCUAAAGGCUUCAGAUAGACUGAAUGGCAUAAGUGUUUCCUACAUGGAGACUUCCAGAGAAAGAAAAAAGAAAAGAAAAAAAAAACAAACAAUGUACUAAACCUGAAGUACAUUUGACCCACACAAGCACUUGGUAUCCUCCCAAAGAAACGAAAAUGAAAUUAAUCUAUUUGCCUCAGCAGCUAACUCAUAGGUCAAAUGGUUUUUCAUAUUCUUUCCUCCUCCUCCUCCUUUUUUCUUUCAUUCUAUUUUUUUUUUUAUGUCAUUUUUGGAAGUAGGCCGGGCAGACUCAGAUUGGACUGAUAAAAGAUUCCCAGCUAUCCUUAGCCUCCCAUAAUUAGACUACUCUCCUGAAGCUAGAGUAAACGGCAUGAAGCAGCAUGGCCUCUGUGUAUACAGACAUCCGAAGUUGAAUAAGUUUUUAAAACGUGUACACAGUACAUGAUAAAACAUAUUAUUUUUACUGUGUGUAUAGACAUGUUGAUUGGCAGUGCUGAACGAACUGGGUUGUAACUUUAGAAUUAAAGGGCUCAUAUCCCACCUUUUUCUUGUAUUUUAUCUUCUUCCCCUGAGGUCCACUUAUGACGUUUGUGUGGGUUUAUGUACUAAAACAGUCAUAAUUCAUGUUUAUGUGGCCUAUUUCUAACCUAUCUUUAUCACCUAGAAUUAAAUAGGGCUGUGCUUCUCAGAAGCCUCUUAGCACAAAGAUCAAAUGGUACAGCAGGAUUAUAUUAAACACUGUCUGUAGCAGUUAAGAUGAUCUUAAUACUACGAAGCGUUUACGAAACUAGGUUGUUUUUUUUCUGUGCCUUUAAGUCCGAUAUACAAGUGACGCCUGUCCUGAUUGGCUGUCCUGCUUUGCGCCUAUAACAUCAUAGUGAAUGGGCGGGGCUAAACUACUGUGUGCUGAAUAGAUCCCUACACGAAUAGAUGGCUGUAUGUUUUCGUGAUAUCACAUAAACAGUUUUUGCAGCUUGGUCCGCAUGGACUGAUGAGUGAAUGCCUUUUAAAGCGUCAAGUUUAUUUACAUACAACAUUAAGCAGGCACAUUUUCAUGAUAUCAGCCCUUUAAGGGAAAAAAAUCUUACCUUGCCAUAAGCAGCAACUCUGAGCUGAUAUAGCGGGGAAGCUUCUGCUGUUGAGAAAUUCUGCGGUUGUGGUCCUUAUGUAUGUGUGGCAGUCCAAAGACCUUUGAUUUGAAUGAAUAUAAUCACGGAUUUCUUUAUCAAACUCUUUAUCAAACUCAAGCUAAUCAUGAGUGACCAUGAUCCUAUUUCAGCAGCCUCAAGCAAAUGUCGUAGCUGUUAUAGCAUUUAUAAAGUCCAGUACAGCUUGUUCAUAUGCACGAAAAAAGCAAUGCACUGAAUUUACAUCAGGAAAUGCAUACAUCAUUUCCACAUGAAUAAAGUACAUCAACUUAAUUGCUGCAUACAACACAAGGUUUGAUGAGAAUAUGUAUUUUACACAAGUAAAUUCAAUGCAUCACCUUUUCUUAGUGUAUAAUAGUGCGAGGAUGUGGUAAAGGUAAACAGUACAUAUGAUACAGGAGCCUUAAAAGGCCUUGUUUUACUUCUUUUUUUUAAGUUUUAAAAGACAGAGCACAGUCAGCCCAGGGGUUGGUAGAUAUGAGGAUGCAACUGUACACAUUUACACUGUUAGCAUUUAAAGCCAGAAGUCUAAUACUUUGCAUAAGAAAGAAGAGUUCUGUACUCACCCUGCAUAUGUGGAUCUGAAACCCGUUUCACUGCCUGACUGAGCUGACAAGUCCAAGCUGCCCUGACUGCGCUACACAUGCCUUUUAAGGACAUGCUUAACGUUGUUUAGCUUCAUUUGCCUCUGAACCACCAGCCAUGCACAUUACUGUGUAACUGUGUUGGGGGAGGCCAAACUGAACUGCUUACUAUUAUAUAUGAUCAUUAGAGGUGUUGUGGUUUAUGAAAUGCCUUUUUUCAUGAUUGUUGAUUAUUAACCUGGCCAUGCAUAACAUCUCAUUUAUUUCAUAACUGUUGUGUUAGGCAUGUUAGUACAGGAAAACACCAAACUGUGAGAGCAGGUGGACCACUCCUUAUGAAAAAGAUCCAUAAUUCUACAGAAAUUUCAGGAUUCCUGUAAGAUAAAUUCAGGUAAUUGUUGUAGUAUACAGCAGGAUACACAAGUAUUAUAGAUCAUCAUAAGACAAGAUAAGGCAAACCAGGAAUAUUAUAUCAAUAAUAUAACAUUAUUGAUUGUCGUAGAAGUAUUAUAACCUACAGCACCGGUUAACAGUGGCCCUGUAAGUAACUAAAGGGCAGUACCGAGUAAAGGUGCUGGUUAAUAGUGGCCCUGUGAGAAGCUAUAAGGGACAGGAGUGGUUCUGGUUAAUGAUGGUCCUGUAAGAAAUUAUAAGGGACCUGUGCUGGUUACCGGUGGUCCUGUGUGUAGAUCAACCCACCGUCUCCCCUCAGAGGCCACUUAGUGAAAAUUCACGUUAACCUGAAGAGAACGCCUGCCGGACAGUUGCCAUGACAGCAUAGAGCGCGUGGCUGCGUGUGUGUCUCGGUGUCCCGGUAACGGGCAACACACAACCCGGAAAGAGCUGACUGGAGAGCUCUUGUUCGAGUGCAGGGGACAAAUGUAACAUAUCUACAAGAGGACUUCAACAGCGCGGACUUCUCUCUCCUCUGAUUUAACAUUUGGACUGAACACAGGCUGGCGGCCUCCCUAGAAAUGGCUACAGCAUCUCUCCCUUUUUUGAAUAAGGAUGACUCCCGUUUGCAGUUGAAAGUGGAAAAUAGGUUGAAAAAUAUCUUUGUAACGCAGUCAGCGGAUAUCAGUUUUCAGAACACAGAACAAGCUGAGAAUGUCAAUCACAUUCCUGUCAUUACAGAGUCCUCUAGCAGAAUACUGGACACAGGAGUCAACACAUUACAGAGAACUCUAGUACUGAAGAAGCAGGUGCAGGUGGAUGAAGUGAACAGACAGUUAAUGCAGAAACGACUGGAGUUUAAAGGACGCAUGCAGGCCCUGGAGCAGAAAAGGGCAGAACUUUUGCACAAACAGGAAGAAACAAAAGAGAGGGCAGAAAAAUUUGAGAAGUUUGUGGAGGAAAAUGAGGUGAAGCGACGCCGCUCUUUGAAGAAAUACCAGGUAGAGAGAAAACAGAAUGAGUUGAAGGAGAAAGAGAAAUCAGAGCUAUCUGCGCAACUUGAGCAUCUUCAGAAAAGGCAUCAACGUCUCAAAGAAAGGGUUGAUAAAUAUAAGAUUUAUGAAGUCUAUCUGAUGAAGAUUCUGGAUUUACUUCCAGAGAAUUAUCUAGAAUAUGGAGCUGACACUUUGGCAAUGCCCAUCAUCAGACGCCACGAGACUCUGUCCAUCACCCAGCAGGACCUGCUGCAGCGACUGGCCAGCCUAGCAGAGGAACUGGACCAGAGCCAACACAGCCUUGACUCACUUAAACAGGAGCACACCACAAACAAACUGAUGACAAAUAAGGAGCUUUCAGAACUGCAGACCCAGUGGGAUCAAAUCAAAGAGAAGAAUAAACAACUGGAGAUGACCCUGCAUGUACACCAGGGCCAGUCCCGUGACCAGGUCGAGGAGAUUGGGAGUCUUUUGAUAGCUGUGAAAAACCUUGGGCAGCAAUGCCACUUGCAACACUAUGGGCCAUUAGAAGAUAUGAGCCUCCUGACUAUGAUGGCUAUGAUGAAGACCUGCUUGUUACAAUAUCUGCAGGAGUUCAUCCUGGACAAGGCAGACAUGGAGCGGAGAGCACUGCGACUGACAGACUCUGGCUCAGAGCUAACGAAGGGGAGUGUGGAGAGAGGAAGGAAAGGAUCGGCCCUGAGCAGAAAUACCUCCAGUAAAGUCCACCUGAAGAGUACCAGCAAAGCCAGCGGAAGGGGUGAACUGUUCAGUUCAACCAAGACAAUGAGACAUAUUUAUGAUUGCUGAUGAAACUAAAAUCCAAUUUUGUACAUUGUGUGUGUUACUGAUGAAAGCAGCUUGAAAGUGCUGGCAAAUGGAACUGUGUGCAUUUGAGCAUGCAGUAUUACCUUAAAUGGAAGGGUAAUAAGAUUAUAAACAGCAAUAUGAUUUUUUGGCCUUUUGCUAAUAGGAUCCCUUAUAUUUACUUUGUACUGAUGAGACUGAAAACCAAUUUUGUGAAUUGUGUAUGUUGCAGAUGUUUAUUAAAAGCAGAUUGAAAGUG